AUAUAAUGUUCAUUAUUUCAGCCAUUCUCAUCAUCAACAGUUUUUUGAGUCUUUCUCAAUUCAACUAUUCUCAUCACCAGCUUGCUUUUACGUAUUAUUUUCUGUCAGUACUUUUUCAUCACAAAAAUGAGGAACGGUGAUUCAACCACAAUUGAUGUUUCAGAGUCGAGCGCCAUUGCCAAAGGAAAAGCGCCUCUUAUCGCAGUUACCAAGCAAGAGACAGGCGGAUGGAAAAGAGGAGUCGCCAUUUUCGACUUCAUUUUGAGGUUAGGAGCUAUAGUGGCUGCUCUGGCAGCCGCAUCCACCAUGGGUACUAGUGGUGAGACUCUUCCCUUCUUCACACAGUUCUUCCAGUUCCAAGCCAAUUAUGAUGAUUUACCCACUUUUCAGUUUUUCGUCAUUGCAAUGGCGAUAGUUAGUGGCUACCUUGUACUUUCCCUUCCUUUUUCCAUAGUAUCCAUUGUUCGUCCACAUGCAGCCGCACCAAGACUGUUACUGCUCAUUUUGGACACUGUGGCACUUACUCUAAACACUUCUGCUGGUGCUGCGGCUGCUUCCAUAGUCUACUUGGCUCACAAAGGCAACCCCAACACGAAUUGGCUCGCUAUUUGCCAGCAGUUUGGUGGUUUCUGCCAGAAAAUCAGCGGAGCUGUGGUGGCAUCGUUUGUUUCGGUUGUUGUGUUCAUUUUCCUUAUUCUGCUGUCUGCUUUGGCCAUCCGACAGGCUUAAGAAGAUCAUGGGAAAGUGAUGAAAUAUAUUUGAGUGUUGUAUUGUCUGAUGAAGUACUUAUUUCGAUGUUUCUUUUCAACUCUUUGGUAAGCGUUAAUUAACUUGCUUCGCUGUGUACGUGCAUGGCAAGUUCGCGUUGUAAUGAAAAUUAUUGUAUUUUACUUAUGCACAUUUGAAUA